UGAAUGCAAACGGCCGUUACAACAGCAGAAAAAAGAUGUUGGCGAAUAUUUGUAUCGUUGUGAUAUUGUGUUACGUUCGUAUCGCCAGUGGGGAUAUUGGAGAGCCCAAAUGCUACUCGAAGUUUGAUUAUGACGAAAAAAUGUUGCUGAAAUUAUUGAAAAUUGAGGAUAAAGUUCAGAAAUUCGAAGAAUUUAUUAAUGAGUUGAAGGCAAACCACGAAAAGGAAAAGGUCGAACGAGGAAAAUUAUUUGAUUCUGAAAUUGAGACAUUCAGAGAGAGAAACGCUGAAGAAGUGAAGAAACAACAAAACUUUACGGCAGAAGUUCUUGGAAUUCUGGACGAUGCUAAGACUAAACUGGAUGACGCUCUUCAAGAAAAGAAAUCAGCACAGAAAGGUGACAUCGUAGCAUUUACGGUGACGUCCCCUUCGAACGGUGCUGCUUCCAGUUCCCUGACUUUCACUACUGUUGUAACUAACGAAGGAAAAUCGUAUGAUACAUCAACAGGCAGGUUCACGUGUUCCAUCAACGGACUUUACUAUUUUAGUUUACACAUCAUCAAAAAGAGGUCCUCCAGCGUUGACCAGUCUGGAUGUUAUAUUAAUCUGAACGGAUCUAGUAAAGUGAGAGCAUACAUUGAUCCUCAGGAUGGGUCCAGUGGGGCGGACGCUGGCAGUUACGGGGUUUCCAACUCGGUGUAUCUGAAACUGAAAGCUGGAGAUGUCAUAACGGUAGAAAAUUGCGGUGGAGGCGCAGCAAAUGCUGUGGAAUCGUGGUCGUCUUUCAGUGGCUAUUUAGAAAGACCAGAAAUUUAACUUUGCCAGUUGUCGAAGAUGCUUCCAAUGCCAAGCUCUUUCCCUAAUCUACAGCCAUACAAACGUUAUAAAUAGUGCUUGUAAAUAUAUGGCAACACGAUUAAUGUUAUAACAGGCUAAAUAUCGGCUACAUUUUGUGUAUCUCACAUUGUUUAAAUAAUAUUCAUUGACAUAUUUGUAUCUGUUCCAAAAUUACAAAAAUGUAAACGUAGAGAGUUGAAUAGGAAGCUCUAAACUUUUUGCGAAAGUCUCGCACUGUAUCUUAUAUUAACCUUUCUAGUCCUUGGAUAUAAUAUAUUUGAUCAUGCUGUUUUGAAGCGACUGGAUUCAUCUUUCAUGCAAAUGAGUCUGACAUGAAGGUAGAUUCAAGGCUGUGGAUCCGUCAUGGCAAUCGGCAAUUUCCGUCCGUUUAUUUAUUCUCCGUAUGCGAUUUCGGCAUUCUCCGGUUGUUAUGAAAAAUAUUUUUUUAUUUUGGCCGAAGAAUGCCGAAAUCGCCUACUGAGGAUACGUAAUCGCACGGAAAUUGCCGAUUGUCAUUACGUAACCACACGGAAAUCCCGAUUGUCAUUACGUAAUCGCACGGAAAUUGUCGAUUGUCAUUACGUAACCACACGGAAAUCCUGAUUGUCCGACAACAACUUUGGAUUAUGAUAAAACUGUUAAUACUUAGAUUAAUUCUUAUAUAGUUAAGUUUGCACCAAAAAUGACAGAACAUAUUUUUCUCAUUGUACUAUUAAACAUUUGUAACAUUAUGCUAAAACAAUAUCCCUUAAAAGAAUAUUUUAUAUACGCUAGAAGGAACCUUUUGGUAAGCUAAAUCUUGUCCUAAGGCUAGGGUCAGCUCCGUCACGACAUUGUCUCUAAGACUAAAAUUUUCACAUUUACACGGAAUGACGAACAAGUUAAAGAGUUCAAGGUGUCGGUAAAAUUGAUCGCGUCAUCGUAAAUGUAUCAUCGCGUGUUUGGCCAUUGGGCAGUUCUUCCAAAGAAGGUAACUAUGUCAUUCAUGUGUAAGCACAUUACCAAGCUGUUUCAAUACGGGUUUCCACACAUACAGAACUUAAGUAUGUCAUAGGACACGUACGUCCCCACUUUGCAUAUUUGUCUUGAUAUUUAUUCUUCUUUGAAACUACAAAUGAUUUGCACAAACUUUAGUGACUGUGUCUUUUCUAACGACCAGCUUGUGUAAAAAUAUUUCACAUAUGAUGUCUAAAAUCUAAUUCAAGGGUCAUAACUCGGCCACUAUUUGCCAAGUAACAUUUCUAUGCAGUAUAGGGAGUCAUCAUCGGAUUUGCACAUGCUUGCGUUCACAUACAGCUCCGUAUAUACCUCUCUCCAGGAGGUUUAUGAUGAACUAUAUCCGCAGUGAGCAGUAAUGGGUGUUACAUAGCAGUCCAAAAUAUUAACUCAUUGGAAUUGACUCUUUCAUCAGUCUAAUCACUAACUUAAUAAAGAUAUCCAGGACCAUCUUUCACUAAACUAUAUUAUCUUUAAAUAUUUACUUUAAAUGUAGAAGUUCCUCAUCUUAUGUAUUUAAACAUUACUAAUAUAUAAAUAUAAAUAUAUAAAUAAAUUGUGUAUAAAAUGU